AUGAACAGCCUUUCAAGUUGGACGCGCCUCGCCAAUGUUUCUAAAGUAGAUUACAUUUGUGCCGGUCUCGCCACUCUCACCGCCUAUGUGGUGUAUUGUGCCAUCUGGCGCCUCUACAUAAGCCCCAUAGCUCACUUUCCAGGUCCAAGGCUGGCAGCGCUGACCGAUCUAUACGAAGCGUACUACAACAAUUGGCUGGGGGGAAAGUACAUCUGGAAGAUCGACGAGCUGCACAAGCAGUACGGGCCGAUUGUGCGAAUAUCGCCCAGGGACCUACACGUCGGAGACCCUGAUUUUUACGAUGUUCUUUAUCCAAGCACCACCGAUAGAAGACGGGCAGAUAAAGCACCUAGCUUGACCAAGUUUUUCGGCCUGGACAACUCGUUGUUUUCCACGGUCAGCCAUGAUAUCCACAGGAUGCGCCGCGCCGCCCUCCUGCCCUAUUUCAGCCCGUCGCACGUCAGGAGGUUGCAGCCAGCUUUCCAGGAAUUACUCGAUGUGCUUCUAAAAAGACUAUCGGACCUCAAGGACACAAACGAGCCGGUGAACGCAAAUUGCGUGUUUGCGGCUUUUAGCAAUGACAUGACACACAUCUUGGCGUUUGGGGAAUCCCAACAUAAACUUGAAACGCCCGACUUUGACUCGUCCGAGCGAGACGCUUCCUUGUCAGGGGCCCAGUCAUUCCACGUUCUGAAGCGUGCCCCCUGGCUCAACAAUGUUAUGAUGGCAUUGCCCGUAUGGUUCUCCCAAUGCUUGAACCCGGCGCUGGGAUCGUUCAUGCGUCAGAAGAAGAUGACGCGCGAGAAGGUCGCGCAGCUUGCUUCUACGUCCGACGACGACUGGGAGGGGAGGAACACGCCCGUUUUCCGCGGCCUCCUCCACUCCCCCAAGCUUCCCGCCGAGGAGAAGACGGUCGAGCGCGUGGCCGAGGACGCCCAGAUGCUGCUCAUGGCCGGCACGCUUACCAUGGCUUCGACGCUGGAGCAUCUCAUCUACUGGAUGGUGGACAACCCCGACGUUUUGCGCAAGCUCAAGGAGGAGCUGCGCACCGCCAUGCCCUCUGUCAACGACGUUGGCAAGACGCCCCUGGGCCACGCUCGAGGCCCUCCCGUACCUGACGGCUGUCAUCAAGGAAGCCGUUCGGCUGAUUUACGGCAACUCAACGCCGCAUUUCCGCAUAGACCCGGACGGACCCCUGGUCUACAAGGACGGGGCGACGGGAAGGAGUUGGGUGAUUCCGUCCGGGACACCGGUGGGCAUGACGAGCGUGCUGCUUCAUCACAACGAGGACCAUUUUCCCAACACCGCAUCUGCUUGGGCAUGCCUCAGGGCUACGGUGUCUUACGUCUUGUGCUUUCCCAGAUCUGGAGGCUGUGGGCGAGCCCGGGUGCUAUGAUUGGUGACGAGAUUGGGGUGCUCAGUCUGUAUAACACUACCGCCGAAGACGUGAAGAUGGUGGGGGACUUUUUUGUGGCGGCCUACAAGAAGCCGCAGGGGGUUGAAUUCAAGCUACACAGCAUGUAG